AUGGGGAAGGCAUCGCGACGCAAGCAACUGGAUGAGCAGAGGAAACAAUUUUUCGCCAUUCAUGGCGAUGGCCGCAGCGCCGAGGACCGAGCGAAUGCUCGAGCCAUGCUCGAUGCACUGCAGAAGAAGCUGGAUGACGACGCGCUGAGAGAAGACGGCUUCUACUUCGUCGAUGGCAAAUAUGUGGAUUCUCGACGUCCUCGACUGACUUCGGGCAUGAAGACCCGAGCGUUUGAGACCCACCAAAGCAGCGUCACGGACGUCGCAAUCGUUCAUGUUGCUGCGGGUCCCAAGUGUACAACGGAGCUUAUGAUUCUAUUCACCUUUGGACUGGACUGGUGA